GCGACGGCGCGUUUGCAUGAAAAAUAGUUAACUGUACGAUUGUCUCUCAGCAGCAGUAUCGGAUAACAGCGAAAGGCGUAAACAAGCUGCGAGUGGCCCGUCGACAAUUGUUUGUGUAGCAUCCGAUACUGAUCGCUUCUAAGAGAGACGUUCACAUCAUCUUAUCACGUUGUGAUAUAAUCAGUCUGUUAGUCCAUUAAAAGAGUAUUCUACCUUAUUCACUCGUAAAUUUCGUGCAAAGAAGCUUUUGCUUAAAAAUGGAGUAUAUUUGGAUGAUAUUGAUAUUUGCAUCCAUGCCAUGGAUAAUGGUAUCUGCAAAACUGAUUGAUGAUGAUUCUAUGCAAUGCGACUCUGGAGAAUGGUAUUUUAGAACAAUCCAACAGCAAAACGAAACAAACGUGACAAUUUAUUUCAAAAAAGGACCAUAUCAGCCGUUAAGCUAUAUACAUUUUACGAUAGAUAACAAAAAUCACACUAAACUGGAAACAUGGGGCAAGGAUAUAAAGUGCGACAAGGGAAAUGCUAAGAUCGAGGAUGAGGAAGCCUGUUUAACUGCUGAGAGAAUGGCCACAAGGGGAAAUGAAGAGCAAUCGAUAUGUCAUCAAUGCCAUGAAGAGUUACUGUAUGGAAAGAAGUUAUUUGAAUGUAGAAUUUGCAUGAAAAACGAAUUUAUAGGAGAUAUACCAGAUGCAGAUAAAUCAGAUGCAACAGGAACAGAUAUAAAUAAAGUUUAAAUUAAGAUUCUGAUUUGAGUUCAAAUCCGAAUGGGCAGUACUAAAACGAUUUUGUGGAAAUUGUCUAUUACAGAACGUAUAUCUCGGUUCUUUGCGAUUAACAUAAGCGAAUUUAACGGUAUGUAAAUAUUACGUCAAAAACGUACCAUUUUGACGUACGAUUUUGUACGUAUUCGGGCCCAUUAGUAUUUAAUGGUGAAGGUUCGCUGGUAAUAAAAUGUAUUCUCUAUAUGUACUAUGCAAAAAUAAAUAUAAAAAUAAAGUACGCAA